UUCGCGUACACAAUGACGUUUUAUUCGCAUAUAUUAGUGCCGGUGUUCGCGAUCUUCGUGAUACACGCGCAAGGCGCCCCGCGGGCUCUGCAGGAGGGGCCAUGCGAGGUACGCGUGAGGCUGACGGCCGGCUGGGCGUGCGGCGUCAGAGGCCUGGCGGAUAACCGCACCGCGUUCGCAAGCUUCCUCGGCGUGCCGUACGCCGCUCAGCCCGUCGGCCAGCGGCGGUUCAGCGAGCUGGAGCCCGUGCAGCCGUGGGCCGACGAUUACGACGCGUCGGUGGAGGGGCCGCGGUGCCCGCAGCACGACGUGUUCUACGGCCCACUUCUGGGCGCGGCCGCCAUGAGCGAGGCCUGCAUCCACGCAAACAUUCACGUCCCCAUCACCGCGCUACCUGGCUAUAACACGCUAAGGUCAGCCAGACACCUCCAGCCUCCUUACGAGACUGGCUUUGCCGACAAGGAAGUAAAGGAGCAACGCUAUCUGCCGAUCCUGGUGUUCAUCCACGGGGGUGGUUUCGCCUUCGGCUCCGGCAGCACGGGGCUACACGGACCGGAGUACCUGAUGCACAGAGACGUGAUCGUCAUUACGUUCAACUACAGACUAAACGUCUUCGGUUUCCUCUCGCUCAAUUCCUCGAGCAUUCCGGGCAACAAUGGCUUGCGAGAUGUGGUGACACUGCUGAAGUGGGUGCAAGACAACGCUAUGAACUUCGGCGGAGAUCCCAAUGACGUCACUCUGGCUGGACAAAGCGCGGGAGCUAGUAUGGCUCAUCUACUUUCCAUGUCUACCGCUGCUGAAGGCCUAUUUCAAAGAGCCAUUCUGAUGAGUGGCACUGGCAUAACCAGCUUCUUUACCACAUCACCGGUGUAUGCAGACGUCGUAGCUAACUUGUUCCUGUCCCACCUCGGCCUGAACGCGUCGGACCCAGAAAACGUCCACCAAAAGCUUGUCAAACUACCUCUGCGGGACAUCAUGGGAGCUAACAAGCUCGUGCAGGAUACUUUCGGUCUCAUAGCCUUCCUACCAGUGGUUGAAUCGCCGUUCCCGAAGUUCACCACAAUAUUGGAUACCGACCCAGAAAUUCUAUUGUCUAAAGGUCGCGGAAAACACAUACCUCUGAUUAUAGGAUCAACAGAUAAAGAAUGCGAAACCUUUAGGGCAAAUUUUGAAAAAUUCGACAUAUUACACAGAAUUAAGGAGAAUCCUACAUUAAUUUUGUCACCUGAUAUCGUAUUCAAAGUUCCCCCUAAGAUUGCGCUAGAAAUGGCAAAAAGGACAGUUAAGCGUUACUUCGAUGGCGAGCCAACGAUGGACAAAUACUUAAAAAGCUGUACCGACACAUUUUACGUAUACCCGGCAAUUAAAUUGGCGGAAAAAAGAGCUCUACUAGAUGGUGCUCCAGUUUUCCUGUACCAAUUCACGUAUACGGCGGACUUCAGUCCGAUAAAAGAAUCUAAAGGGCUAAAGUUUAAGGGCUCGGGACACGUGGAAGAUAUGACUUUUAUAUUUAGAACCAACUCUUUGGAGAGCAGAAAAGGGUUUUCUCCUCCCACGCACGAAGAUCAACACAUGUCGGACUGGAUGACGAAAUUUAUCAAAAACUUCAUGAAUUGCGACGACCCCGCGUGCGAUCAGUACCCGAUGACAAAGUGGCAACCCGUGGACAAAGACUCUCUGCCAAUCAAUUACCAGGAGAUCCAGAUGCCCAUGUUAUUCCGACGCGCCGAAAUCCCGAAGGAGCAACAGGAGAUGAUGCAGUUCUUCGACAGCUUGCAAAACCAGACUAGUUGAAUUAAGGACUAAAGUAUUUGUGAAAUACUUCACGUCAUUAAAAGAAAUCUAAGAAAAUUAUACUUCAAGUUCGACGUUUCGGCAAAGUGCAUUGGGUGCUGCCCUGUCUGAGGUCUUUCGAAACACAGGCAACUACAUCAAUAACCAUCAUACUAUCUUCACAAAUGCGUAUUUGUUGGUCAGUCAUUUUUACACGCAGCAACGGAUCAACGAAUCGACGGGACAUUUGUGUAAGCAAUACGAAAUAGAUCUAAAUUAUUCGUCGUUGAAUGUCACUAGACUUAUAGUAGCCUACAUAGAACUGAGAAAUGUAUUUGUAUGACUAUACUUCAAAUACUUUAGUUACGCGAACUUUAACUCUUUAGGUUUUUAUUCGAAGACAAGUAAGCACCCACUUGGGUACUAAAAUGCAAGUAGGCUAACCUGGGAUAGGUAUCGUAAUGGCCAGGUUCCGUUCAAGGAACCGAGCGAGUCUUAGUACAUACAUUUUCAUAGCGGGGACUUCCUGACUGUGACGUAGUAUGAUUCGGUCGAUAAACAACUUCCGAUGUAACGAUCUUUGACCGGCUUCAUAAUAUUGGUACGCUCUUAGAAACCCCUGCACUUCGAGUAUGUUUCCAAUCGACAAUUAUCCACCAGUAUCAACUCUGACUCCAACUCGGAUGGGCAGCGUUCGGGAAACUUCGUGCCAUCUUUUCGUCAAAAAUCCC